AUGGUCUCAAGUAAUCUCCAAGAACUUGGUUUGGCAAAUUUAGCAGUGUUGUUCAAUAAUUUGUUUGUUGAUACCCUUAUGGAUCUAUGUGUCAAGCUUCUACCAAAUCAGGGGGAGACCUUUUCAGAUCCUGAGAGUUAUAGAAGACUGGUUGGAAAACUGAACUACCUCACAGUCACUCAACCUAACAUUUCAUUUGCAGUUAGUGAGGACUCGGAUGGUAGGGGUAGAGUGCAACAUUUGAAACCUCUUGAUACAAAAAAUAGGGGGCAUAAAGAAAGCAAUGCCAAGUCGAGAGCCAUAGUCUCCCAACGUGGAGUAGGAAGGAAUUUAACUGGUCGGUUGUCUGAGGUGCAAUCUCAGCCUGGAUCUUCCAAUAAAGAAACUCGUACUGGUAGUGUGAACAGUAAAAGGCUAAUGAAGAAACUUCAGUUGAAUUCUUCUGUCUUUGAGAAGGCUAAUGGUUUUUCGGGUGGUAUUUGGAUUGAUGAUGGUCCUAGUUUUCUUUGCACGGUUGUUUAUGGCAGUCCUAGAGAAGACGAAAGGCAUGUUAUGUGGGAUGACGUUAAGCAAUUGAGUCUCAAUGUUAACCUUCCUUGGAUUUUAGCUGGUGACUUUAAUGACAUAAAAUGCAUGGGGGAGAAGAAGGGAGGUUCUCAACCUGAUUCGAAUAAAUGUGAUAGGUUUGCAGGUUUCUUAAAUGAUUGUCAUGUGGAUGAUCUUAUCAGCUCUGGUUUUGAAUUUACUUGGCAUCAUUCCGAUCAUAGUCCCCUUCUUGUGAAAUUCUCCAAUCGUCCCAAUCUUUGGCAAGAUAGACCGUUUCGGUUUAUUGCUUCUUGGUUAGACCAUCCCAACUUCAACGAUCUGAUGCAGGAUAAGUGGAAUAAGAAUGUUGAUUUUAAUCAGAUGCUCAAUAGAUUUGUUCCAAUUCUUAAAAAGUGGAAUAAGGAGGUGUAUGGAAACAUAGGUAGAAGGGAGAACAGUUUGGUUAAUGAUAUUGCCUCUGUCCAAUUAAAGAGGUCUGUUGCGGAUAGUCCGAAUCUUCAUGAACUGGAAAUCAGUUUGCAAAUUAGUCUUGAUCAUGUGCUGGAGGAGGAAGAAUUGUUGUGGUUUCAAAAAUCCAGACAUAAUUGGAUUAUGGAUGGAGAUAAAAAUACGAAGUUUUAUCACUUGCGGACGGUUAUUAGAAGAAGCAGUAACAAAAUUUCAAGGUUGCGUUGUGAAACCAACCAAUGGAUUGAAAAUGUGAAUGAGUUAAAGGAUCAUGUCUGCAGUUUUUAUAAAACUUUGUUUACAGAAGAUAUCGAAGAGCGAAGAUGGCUCGCGUCUGCCAACCACUGGACAUCACUGUCUAACGCUCUAAAGGAUGAUUUGAUCAAAGUUACUAGUAUGGCUGAGGUCACUAAGUUAUUGAAUGGCAUGAAUGCGUUUAAAGCGUCGGGUCUAGAUGGCUUCCCUGCAAUUUUCUUCCAAAAACAAUGGAAUCUUGUGAAGGAUCAGGUUUAUAAUGCUGUUAUUGAUAUGUGGUCAAAUCCGGAUCGGGUGGAGGAGUUUAAUAAUACCCUUCUCGUUUUGAUUCCGAAAGUUAAGAGGCCAGACUGUAUCUCUCAGUUCAGGCCUAUUUCCCUUUUCCCUGUUUUAUAUAAGAUUCUGUCAAGGGUGAUUGUUCAUCGGUUGAAACCAGUUAUGGAUAAACUGAUCUCUCCAUCUCAGGUUAGCUUUGUUCCGGGAAGACAAAUUCAAGAUAACAUUGUGAUUGUCCAGGAGCUUAUUCACUCAAUGCAUAAAAUGAAAGUGUGUUCAAACCUCCAAGAUCAAUGCUUGUGGAAUGGUGGUAAAACUGAGGAUUUUAGGCCUUCACGUGGUAUUCGGCAGGGUGAUCCUCUAUCACCAUAUCUUUUUGUUAUUGCACUGGAAAAGUUAACUCAUAUUAUUAAUACUGUCGUGCUGGGUGGUCUGUGGAAUCCGUUUCGGGUUGGUAAUGGGGGUCCUCGUCUUUCCCAUAUUUCUUUUGCCGAUGAUUUAAUGCUUUUUAUGGAGGCUACGGAAGAACAAAUUGAUGUGUUAUUGCAUUGCCUGCAUUUAUUUGAGGAAGUAUCUGGGCAGCGUCUUAGUGUUGAUAACACAAGUGUUUACUUUUCCAGAAAUGCUAGUGAAGAUGUAAUAUCUAGAAUCACACAAAAAAGUGGCUUCAAGCGCGUAAGGAACAUGGGCAGAUACUUAGGAUCCAUGAUGCAGCAUGGGAGAGCGUCUAAGGAGUUGUAUGCAGGGAUCAUAGAGAAUGUAAGAGAUAAGAUGAAUGCUUGGAAUCAACAAUCUCUUUCGCAGGCAGGCCGCAUCACAUUAUCUCAGUCGGUUGUGGUUUCCAUGCCUUAUUUCCAAAUGCAAAGUUGUAAGAUUCCAUUGUCUGUUUGUAAUGAGAUUGAGAAGUUGCAGAGAAGUUUUAUUUGGGGUGAUAAGGAAGGAAGGAAAGCUAAUCAUCUUAUUAAUUGGAGUACCAUUACGAGUCCUAAGGAGGUUGGGGGUCUCGGCUUGAAACGACUGGAAUUUAUGAAUGAUGCCAUGCUUGCUAAGAGAGUUUGGAGCUUCUCAAACAAACCAGAUCAUCUUUGGGUUCAGGUUCUGAAAUCUAAAUAUGAAUCAAGGAGUUCGAGAGCUGCGGGUUUUGUGGCUUGUAAUGGUGACUCUUCCUUGUGGAAGAAUAUGUGUCGUAUUUGGAGGAUGAUGGAGGGGAGGCUUAGAUGGGAAGUUGGUGAUGGUAGGAUUGUUUCCUUUUGGCAUGAUAAUUGGCUCACUUUGGCGCAGCCUCUUCGUGAGCUAGUCACAUCUCCGAAUCUGGAUGUUAAUGAUGUCAUGUGUGUUGCUGAUAUGGUUAACUCUAAUGGAGAUUGGAAUUAUGAUUCUUUAGGCCUUUGGUUCCCGAGAGAUGUCAUUGAUAUUUUUCGCGGGACAUUAACUCCAGGUGUAAAUGAUGGUCCUGACAGCAAGUAUUGGGAUCUUGAUGGUGAGAACACCAUAACAGUAAGGGCGAUCUAUAAGGCUCUUGUUGGCCAAGAGUUAAUCUCGGGUUUGGCUGAUGGUAGAUGGCAGUGGGUGUGGGAUUGGAAUGGUCCUCAAAGAAUCAAGUUGUUUAUGUGGAAGGUUUGCCACAAAAAGCUCCUCACUCGAAGUAGGACUGCUCUUUGGGGGACUGGCACUGAAUCGUGUCCUAUUUGUAGGGAGGAGAGUGAAACCUUGUUACAUGCAAUUCGGGACUGUCAUGAGGCUAAGUCCGUUUGGUCUCAUUUUGUGCCUUCGGAUAAGUUUGCAAACUUCUUCUUUGGUGAUGUUGAUCAUUGGUUAUCGGUUAAUAUGGACAUGGAUAAGCAUGGGAUUACGAAUGGUUGGAGGAAUUUGUUUUUUGUUAUUUGUUGGAAAAAUUGGAAGUGGCGUAAUGAAUUGGUGCAUGGCUCGGCUUUUCCUUGCUUAAAUGUGAGGAAAAGGAUUAUUUGCAGCUCUGCGAGGGACAUUAACAAUGCUUUAGCUAGUGCUCAAGAGAGGCUUCCAGUAAAGUUUUCAAUGAAGAUGGACAUUACUUGGCAAUAUCCAACAGAUGGGUCAGUAAUAAUUAACAUAGAUGGUGCAGUUAGAGGUAAUCCUGGCCUAGCUGCUUGUGGGGGUUUGAUUCGUAAUUCUCAAGGGAGAUGGCUGGGGGGUUUUGCUUACAAAUUGGGGAUUUGCUCUUCUUUUAAGGCUGAGCUCUGGGGUGUUCUUCGUGGUUUGGAGCUAGCUUGGAACGAAGGAUUUCGUAAUAUAAUCAUUGAGAGUGAUUCAUCUAGUGUGAUCACUGUGCUCACCAAGUCUGGUGUAGCAGUCCGUGAGUGUCAUCUGAUUGCUCGUAUACAGACAUGGAUCAAUAGGAGUUGGUCAGUUACUUUGAUGCAUACUUAUAGAGAAGGAAACGUGUGCUGA